AUGGACGAAUACCGGCAAACGCUGAUUGCGCAAAUGAUGGAAGUAACAAACUGCAGUCAAGAAGUUGCUCUAGAUUAUCUUACACGCACAAAUUACGAUGUUGAAACGGCUGUUCGGCACUUUUUCGAGGUCAUUUCAAAACGUUUCGCAAUUUUUCGCAACAUCUUUGUUUUACAGGGAACAAUUCCAGCUGCAAUUACAAGUUCAUCUAGUCCAUCGAUCUCUACAACGUCUUCUUCUCGUACAUCACUGCCUGGCUCUCCAGAAACAAGCAGCCCCAGCAGAGCUGGACCAGUGCUGCCCAGAUACCAUUCUCUCGUUCAGUUCUUCGCUCAGUUUCUGACGCUUCCAUUCCGACUGCCACUUAUCGUGCUCAAUUAUGUGUACAAUUUCUUCAUGGGGAAGUCAGAACCUGUGUACGCGCACAUCUUCGAGUACAUUUCCAAGGAAUACCCCCAGUAUGAUAGUCAAAAAGAGGCAGUGUUCUACAAACGUCGAUUGACAAGUCUGCGCAGCGACUUGCCAACAAAACAAUGGAGAUGGCUCGUCACCUAUAUCCAUGACCCAAGCGGAAAUCCCGACUUCUUCAACUCGCUAUUCACCUCCAACUUCGCUGAGCAAGUAGGAUCUCGUGGAGCCGCUUUCUUCGGAUGUGUGAUGGGAUCGGAAGACGCUCAGAAACUUCGUCCUGACCGCGCCUUCGGAAAAUCCCGCAGAAGCUGCAUCAUCAUUUUCGUCAUCAAGGCCACCAGCUUGACAAGAAAGCUCAUCAUAGAAGAUCUCUCAAAUCCAGAAGCCGUGGCCACUAAUGUCGAUCUGGCUCUCAUUGAUCUCAUUGCCGAGGAUGCCGACCAUAUGGAGCGGAACCGGCAGCAAAACGAGUCGCGACGCCUUAUGGAGGAGCAGAACCGCGAGUACGAAGCCAGCGUGCAGCGUGAUUUAGAGCGUAGGCUUGAGAAAGAAAAGAAGGAAGAGGCCGUGAAGAAGCUUCGGGAAGAGGAAGAGGAGAAACAACGACAAUCAGAGGAACGUUUAAAGACCGUCCAAGCCUACAAAAAAGAGCGAAUGGAAGAAGAUGCAUCGGCUGAAGGAGCCCACGACCUUCUCAUCCGAUUCCCAACUGGCAAAAAGGUUAUCAAGUUCAACAGUGAUGACAGCACCGAGAAGCUUUUCAACGAAGCCAUGCGAUCGGAGCUGUGUCCUUUGUUUUUCCAAAUGCAUCUCAGUUUUCCAAAGAAGCCUGUUCCUUGCUUGCCACAAUGGUACUUUGAUAUUGUAUCCGCCGAGGAGCUUGAGCCAAAAGAAGAGUGUCUUUCCAACGAGUCAACGAUGGCCGACGCUGGCAUCACUCAUGGCUCCAUGGUCUACAUUGAUAAUUUGUGA